AUGAUAACGGUAAGCUGCUACAAAAACUACAAAACUACAAUUACUACAAACUACUUUCAGAGUGGAAUCCUGGUCAUGUGCUUUUGCAAGAAGAAGCCUCCUAAGAGCCAGUGUCCUGUGCGACCAAUGACGAUGUCGAUGAGAGAGGCGCAGGUAUCUGAUGUGGGGCCGGACAGCACGCGGACAGCGAUGGACAAUCAGAAAAAGAGCAAGAAGAAGAAGAGCAAGGAGCCAGCCAAGAAGAAGAAGAAAUCGGCGGAUUCUUCGCAGAAGGUCUCGAAGAAGAAGAAGAAGUCGAGCAAAUCGAAGAAGUCGGCGGAGAAGAAGAAGCCGGAGGUGGUGGCACCAAUGGACCCGGAUGUCAAGUCCACGCAGAGAUCAGCGGAACGUAGUGAGCAGCCGGAUCAAACGGCUCAAACAAAAACCGCCAAAAGCGGCAAAGAUAUGGCACCAGCCCAGACGCCUGCUCAGGAUCGUAAGUUGUGUAGGAGACUACAAACUACAAUCCGAUUUUUCAGAAGGUCCCCUCCGAUCCCAGCCUGUCGGGCUUCCAAUGGCACCUGGUAUCAAAUCGAUGGCGGCAUUCUAGAAUUGAACUUGAUUAAUGAAAUAAGUGAUUCUUUGUGA